AUGGCUGAGCACAGCAGCAACCCUGCUUGGAGGGUCCAGGCUGGCUCCACCCUAGCCUCGCCCAGUGACAGGAUGACUCUGCCAGAGAGCACCAUCGUUCUCUUUAAUCUGAGUUUCCCCGUGGAAUGGAAUCAGUCUGACUCCAGGCCGGAGACACCUGACAAGGAGAAGAACUGGCCUGCUCUGCUCAUUUUACUGGUCAUCUUCUUCACUGUGGCGGGCAACAUCCUCCUCAUCCUAGCUGUGUCUCUGGAGAGGAAGCUGCAGAAUGCCACCAGCUUCUUCCUGCGCUCCCUGGCUGUGGCAGACAUGCUCGUGGGCUUUCUCGUCAUGCCGGUCUCACUGAUUAACAUUCUCUAUGACUACCUGUGGCCCUUCCCCAGACCCCUUUGUCCCAUCUGGAUCUACCUAGACGUGCUGUUCUCCACAGCAUCCAUCAUGCACCUGUGCACCAUUUCACUGGACCGCUAUGUGGGCAUCUGUAACCCCAUCAAACACAGCCGCUCCAACUCCCUCUCCAAGGCCAAGGCUAAGAUCGCCCUCGUCUGGACCAUCUCCAUAGUGAUCUCCAUGCCCAUCCCUGUGAUUGGCCUGUAUGACGAGGGGAAGGUGUUUGCCAACGGGACCUGUGUACUGAACGAGCACAGCUUCGUCCUGGUGGGCUCCUUCGUAGCCUUCUUCGUCCCUCUGGUCGUCAUGGUGGUCAGCUACUGUUUGACCAUGCGCGUGCUGCAGUGCCAAGCCUCUGAUUACCUGCACGGAGGCAUGGCUUCGAUCGACCGGCCUACCUUACUCGGCAUCACCCCAAGGCUCCCCGGAGGGGACAGUCUUAGCCUCCUCAAACAGGACCCUAGUCCCGAGGCCUUGCCAGCUGUUGCAGCCUCCAAUAAUUCCGUCUCUCAAGCCUCCUCGCGGCCCGUCUCUCCAGCAGGGAGGCAGGAGCCAGGGGGACCUGGCGGGAAACCUGGCAUGGCUCAAUCAAUCAAAAAUGAGAGGAGAGCCUCCAAGGUCCUUGGUGUGGUGUUUUUCCUCUUCCUGACGAUGUGGUGUCCGUUCUUCAUCACCAACGUGCUGAGCGUGUUGUGUGAGGACUCGGUAAUAAGCCUGUGCAAUAAGCCGGUGUUGGCAGUGCUCCUAAAUGUCUUCGUUUGGGUGGGAUAUGCCUCCUCUGGUGUGAACCCACUGGUCUACACUCUAUUCAACAGGACUUACAGACAGGCCUUCCACCGCUACCUGCGGUGUAUCUACCACAGCCCGUCAGCCAAGAGCACCCCAGUCAACCCUGUCUUUCCUGUUUAUACCGUCACCCCUAUUCUCUGCGGGGAAGAUGCCAACGGCUGUAACUGUAGCAGCCACAAUGGGAAUAGUGGGGGCGUUAAAGGCCGAAUGAGGUUGGAGAGAGUGGAAAAAUGUUCUGGGAUGUUAGGGAAGUUGGUCAGUGUCUGCCCCACCCCCGCUGAGCAUGUCAGCUGUGUCUGAACUAGCUAGCUGGACUCCAGGCUCUCUCUCUCUCUACAUACAAAACAUUGUGGUGACAAAGCUGUUGCCUCAUGUCACUGCUUGGAUAUUCCCACCUCCGCUCCCUGUUCAAACACAGGAGACGUACUCAAUGUCUCCCUGCCCGAACAUGUAAAUAAAUAUGAGAUAUGGAAUAAUCUACAAUGCUGCACAAUGUGACUAAAGACAUUGAUACUGUACUGUGUCAAACUUUAAUAUUUGCAUUACAUUUAGUGCGUAAUAAGUGCAUACUCAGUGUGGUCUUUGUAGUGAAAUGUCCGUUAACUGCGCUGCUGUUUGCAUCUCUCAUUGACAGGGCUGUGAGAGGUCACAGAUGGCAUGACAGGAAAACCACCUGAUGUAUCGCUCUAAUCAUAGAGCCACAGUGCCACCAUGUGGGAACAUAGAAUAUAGCACACAAACAUUUCAUUUCACACCAGAAGAUCUUCUAUUUCUGCCCGUCUGAUAGAUUCAAGUGACAGUUGAAGAGGAAACGUAUGUCCCAUUGGUCACGGAUAUGUUUCACUCCUCAUUCCCAGAGGACUGUUACUAUUCCGGUACAUUUUUCCUGACAGAUUAAUAUGCUAUGAUCUGUGUUGUCUUUGUCCGCAGUUCUAACAUGUAAUAUACAUCAUGAGGUUACUGUUACAGGAUUCUCGAAGAUUACCAAUCCCUUCGAGGUUAGGGAUGGGCCCAUGUUAUUUUCUUAUUUUGUGAUCAAGUUCUUAUCAGACGAUUGUCCGGCACUGACUCAAUGUAAAUGAUCAUGCGCAUGCUAUUAUUGUAGAGGAUUUCAGAUAUACAAUGUUUGAAUCGGUAUGGUCUUCCAAUUUCCAUCAUUAGUCUUGGGUAUAUGGUUGGUUUGCCCUUUACUAGAAACCAUGUUAUGCGUGCAGCAACAAAGACUUAAAACAUUUCAA